UUUACAUGCGACUCGGUUUCUCCUCGGUUUGUUCCAGCAGCAACAGUGAAAAAGCGAGGUUUCCCCGACAAGAAAGUAUACAGUCAUCGGAAUUAGUCAACGAAACCGUUUCAGUGGACACACUUUUGAAACGCUGGACAGUUGGAAACCACUAUAAAGUAUAUUAUCUAUAAAGCAUCAUUGAGGAUGUUUGCGUCGAGUCUACCGGAGAAUUACUGCGGCGAUCAGGAUGAGCAAACACCGGUGGAUAAAUACUUGCAUCAGUUCAAGUUGUCAGACAGGACUUUGAUGGAUUUGUCAAAGCGGUUCCGGCGAGAGAUGGACAAAGGUUUGUGCAGAGACACCAACGCCACGGCUUCAGUCAAGAUGCUGCCCACGUUCGUGACCUCCACCCCUGAUGGAACAGAACAAGGAGAAUUUCUGGCGCUGGACCUUGGUGGAUCCAACUUCAGAGUUCUACUGGUAAAAGUUAAGGCUAACGGCGAGCAAAGGGUGGAGAUGAAAAGUCAGAUUUUUGCCAUUCCUGAGAACAUCAUGAGAGGCAGCGGAUCUGAGUUAUUUGACCACAUAGUUGACUGCCUGGCUAAUUUUAUGGACAUGAUGGGAAUAAAGGAUCAAAAGCUUCCCCUCGGAUUCACCUUCUCUUUUCCCUGUCAACAGACCAAACUGGAUGAGAGUAUUUUGCUGUCUUGGACCAAAGGUUUUAAGAUAAGUGGAGUCGAGGGAAAGGACGUGGUCGGCCUUCUGAGGGAAUCUAUCAGAAAACGUGGGGACUUUGACAUUGAUGUUGUGGCCGUGGUCAAUGACACAGUGGGAACCAUGAUGACUUGUGGCUACGAUGAUCAUCACUGUGAAAUUGGCCUCAUUGUAGGAACGGGGACCAACGCCUGCUACAUGGAGCAGAUGAGGAACCUGGACCUGCUGGACGGUGACGAGGGCCGGAUGUGUGUAAACACGGAGUGGGGCGCGUUUGGGGACGAUGGUUCCCUGGAGGACGUACGCACCGACACGGACCGGGAAAUAGACGCAGGCUCGCUGAACCCGGGCACGCAGCUAUUUGAGAAGAUGAUAAGUGGGAUGUACCUGGGCGAGCUGGUGCGUCUCAUCGUGGUGAAGAUGGCCAGAGAGAAGCUGCUGUUCCAGGGCAAGACGACGUCAGAACUCCUCACCACAGGACGCUUCAGCACCAGUCACCUCUACACCAUCGAGAAUGACAGCGAUGAGGAAGGCCUGGCGAGUGCUGAGAAGGUUCUCCGCGGCCUCGGCCUAGAGCCAUCCAUGGAGGACUGCAUCGCUAUCCGGAAGGUCUGCCAGAUAGUGUCAACGCGAGCAGCACACUUAUGCGCUGCCACUCUCGCUGCGUUGCUGCGACAGAUCAGGGAUAACAAAGCGGCUGAAAAGUUGCGUACCACUAUUGGAGUGGAUGGCUCAGUUUACAAGAAUCACCCAGAAUUCCCCAGGAGGCUCAACAAAAUGUUGCGGCGACUUGUGCCGGAUUGUGACGUGCGUUUCCAGCUGUCGCAGGACGGCAGCGGGAAAGGCUCAGCCAUGGUAACGGCGGUCGCCCACCGCCUCGCUGCGCAGCACGUGGAGCGCCAGCGCAUCCUGGACGCCCUGCGUUUGAGUCGCGAACAAUUGCUGGAAGUGAAAAGGAGAAUGGCGGAGGGGAUGGCGCGAGGCUUGUCCAAGAACAGCCGCGAGCAAACGAGUGUCAAGAUGCUUCCAACCUACGUCAGAUCCAUCCCAGACGGAACUGAAGAUGGAAAUUUCUUAAGUUUGGACCUCGGGGGUUCCAGCUUCCGGGUGCUGCUAGUGGGUCUGCACAGCGGGACGAAGCACAAGGUUGACAUGCACCAGAAGAUCUACAGCAUCCCUCAGGAGACCAUGCAGGGCACCGGGGACGAGUUGUUCAGCCAUAUUGUGGACUGCAUUGCUGAUUUCCUGGAAUACAUGGGCAUGAGAGGCGCGUCCUUACCGCUGGGAUUCACGUUCUCCUUCCCCUGUCAUCAAAGCAAACUGGAUGAGGGAAUUCUUCUGAAGUGGACAAAGGGUUUCAAAGCCAGCGGCUGCGAGGGGAGAGAUGUUGUUACUUUACUAAAAGAGGCUGUCAGACGAAAACAGGAAUUUGACCUGAACUUUGUGGCGGUAGUUAAUGACACGGUGGGAACCAUGAUGACCUGCGCCUACGGGGACCCCCGGUGUGAGGUGGGACUCAUCGUAGGCACCGGGACAAAUGUCUGCUACAUGGAGGAAAUGUGCAACAUCGACACGGUGGAGGGAAACGACGGUCAGAUGUGCGUCAACGUGGAGUGGGGAGCGUUCGGUGACAGCGGAGAACUGGAUGACUUUGUCACCCAGUUUGACUGUAUCGUCGACGAUUGCUCUAACCACCCCGGCAAACAGAGGUAUGAGAAGAUGAUCAGCGGCAUGUACCUUGGCGAGAUCGUGAGGAAUGUGCUGUUGGAUUUGACUUCUAAAGGCCUGUUGUUCAGAGGAAAAGGGUCUGAGCGACUGAAGACCCGGGGCAUCUUUGAGACUAAAUUCCUGUCACAAAUUGAAAGGGACCGGCUGGCGAUGCGUCAGGUCCGCUCCAUCCUGCAGCACCUGGGCCUCACCGGCUCCACCAGUGACGACAGCGUUCUGGUGAAGGAGGUUUGCAGCGUCGUGGCGCGGCGAGCAGCUCAGCUCUGCGGGGCCGGUUUAGCUGCCGUGGUCGACAAGAUACGGCAGAAUCGCAACCUUAACCAGCUCUCCAUCACCGUGGGAGUGGACGGGACCCUUUAUAAGACACACCCUCAUUUCUCCAGCAUGAUGCAGGAAACGCUGCAGGAUUUGGCCCCGCAGUGCCAGGUGACUUUCUUGAAAUCAGAAGAUGGAAGUGGGAAGGGAGCAGCCUUGAUCACAGCCGUGGCCUGCAGGAUCAACGGCGGGGAGAGUUAGUGGGACUGAUCUUUCCCUUUCUGGCCCGUUUAGAUGCAAUCUGUUCACGCUGAUCUGAGCUUAGCUCUGCACUCCAGAGAUACUGUAUGUUAUUUACAUUUUUUGUGUGUGCAUUCACGUUUGUGGCUGGUAAAUGAAGUUCUGACAGUUCCGCUGGUCGACACGCUCCAUGAAAUGUGACACUGACUCCCUGGUGAGCUCUGUUUUCUUACCCAUAUUUUCUUUUAAUUCUUCCUACCAGAGUCCUAUUUUUUAAUCCCGUCAACUGUCUGCACAUUUAAAGAAGGUCGUGUUUGCAUCACAUUUGCAGAUUUGAUGUUACAAAGUGCUUCGCAAUAAAUGACGGCAAAUCCUGAACUGUUAAAUCAUUUAUUCAGUCUUUCAAAAGAAUUCACCUUGACUUUUAUCUCCUUUUAUAAUUGAUCAGAAUGUAUUGUCUCUUUGAAAUUUUAAUUAAAGAAACAUAAUCAGACAUCUUUAGCUGAAAUUAUUUUUAUAUUUCACACACUUUCUUUGUAUCUGUCCUGAAAUGUUGUUUUACUUGUAAAAACACGCCUGUAAGAGUUGCAUACAUGUAUUAAAGACCCCAUGAAAAAGA